CGGUGCGGCUGUGCCCUCACGGAGAGGCGGGAAACGGCUGUGCCCUCACGGAGAGGCUGUGCCCUCACGGAGAGGCGACUGUGCCCUCACGGAGGAGCGGCUGUGCCCUCACGGAGUAGCGGCUGUGCCCUCACGGAGAGGCGGGACGCAGUUUUCCCUCACGGUACCGGUUUUCCCUCACGGGAUGAGGUUUCCCCUCACGGGACGAGGUUUUUCCCUCACGGAAUGAGGUUUGACCCUCACGGGACCCGGUUUUCCCCUCACAGAGAGGCCGGACGCGAUUUCCCCUCACGGGACGCGGUUUCCCCCUGUGGGACCCGGUUUUCCCUCACGGAACCGGUUUUUCCCUCACGGGACGAAGUUUUUCCCUCACGGGAUGAGGUUUGUCCCUCACAGGACCGGUUUUUCCCUCACAGGACAAGGUUCUUACCUCAGGGCCGCGGUUUUCCCUCACGGGACCCGGUUUUCCCCUCACGGAGGAGCGGGACGCAGUUUUCCCUCACGGGACUGGUUUUUCCCUCACAGGACAAGGUUUUUCCCUCAGGGCCGCGUUUUUUCCCUCACGGAACCGGUUUUUCCCUCACGGGACCCGGUUUUCCCCUCACGGAGGAGCGGGAUGCGAUUUUCCCUCACGGGACCGGUUUUUCCCUCAUAGGACACGGUUUUCCCUCACGGGACCGGUUUUUCCCUCACGGGACCCGGUUUUUCCCUCACAGGACCGGUUUUUCCCUCAGGGCCGCGGUUUUUCCCUCACGGGACUGGUUUUCCCCUCACGGGGCGAGGUUUUUCCCUCAUGGGAUGAAGUUUUUCCCUCACGGGACGUGGUUUUCCCUCACGGAACCGGUUUUUCCCUCACGGAACCAAUUUUUCCCUCAGGGACGCGGUUUUCCCCUCACGGAGGAGCGGGACGCAGUUUUCCCUCACGGGACCGGUUUUUCCCUCACGGGACCGCUUUUCCCCUCACGGAGAGGCCGGACCCGGCCCAGUCCCCGCGGUUUUCCCUCACGGGACUCGGUUUUCCCCUCACGGAGAGGCCGGACCCGGCCCAGUCCCCGCGGUUUUCCCUCACGGGACGAGUUUUUUCCCUCAUGGGACGAGUUUUUUCCCUCACGGGACCCGGUUUUCCCCUCACGGACCCGGCCCAGUCCCCGCGGUUUUCCCCCACGGAGCGAACGCGGAGCCCGGAGCAGUGCGGGACGGCGGCGGCCCCGGGGAUCAGUGCCACCCUGUGCCUUCCACAGCCCAGGAUGGAGCUGUGGAACAAAGCUGAUUCUUUACGGAGGCUCAGGGAUGCGGGCAGCCGAGGCGUGGCUAACGCAAUUGCACAUCCCCUCCUCGCCCGCAGCGGCCGCCGAAGCGGCGCUAAUGCCGGGCGAUACCUGCGGGGAGAGCAGCGCAGCAGCUGCCGGGACAGCGAGCGGCCAGCGCGGGUCCUGUGCUCCGUGAGCCCGGUGCUGCUCCCUCAGAACCCCUCGGUGGCACCGGGGCUGUGCUGCUGCUGGAGCGCCCUGGAUUGAUCCAGGAAUGUCCUGCUGCUGGCUGGGACGGUGUUUCCCUGCCAGCACCGCCACAGCACCUUUAAUUCCACCUUGAAGCUCUUCACCAGCACAUUGCAGCGCUUUCAUAAUUGGCUUCUAAUUCCACCUCCUUCCUAGGUCUGGGAUCUUCCCGGGAAUAAUCAGGAUGACUCCAGGGGUAUUCCAGCACGUGGCUGCUCCCACUUAUGGGUUUGUGUGUUUGUGUCAGUGAGGGAAACAAUAGAAAAGUAAAAUAUUUGUACACCUAAAGACAGCUUUCCCAAGGGCACUGCCAUAUCACACUGCAGGAGGUGAAUUUGGAAAGUGCAGGAGAUGUUUGGGAGCCUCAAAAAUAGUCAGUCAUCCAAAUUAAAAUAUGGAUUUAUCAGGUAUGGCACAAGUUAUGCAGAAUAGAAUUGUUUCUAUUUAUGAUAACAGUAUUAGGUAUUUGUUUUCCCACCGGGGAGUGGUGGAUAUGGAUCCCAGUGCAGUUUGGGAUCUGAUCAGUUCAGCUCCAGCCGAUUCCGAGGGAAGGAUUUCCCUGCUCGCGGCCCCCUGGAGCAGAUCCCGGGCAGGACUCCUCCGUUUGUGCUCAGCCCCGACAUUCCCGCUCCGGUAAUGAUUCCUAUUCAAGCAGCCGCAGCGCUGCCAGGAUAAAGGAGGCAUUUACAGAUGGAAAACUAAUUGGUGUAGGAAUCAAAUUUGAAAAAUGCAGCAUCUUCCUGGAGCAGUGGGAGCGCCUGUAAUGAGCUGCCUGCAAAGGAGGCGGCUGUGCCAUAUUUCUCGGGAUGAGGCUGCUGAGCUGGGAACUGCUUCCCACCAAGCCAUUGGCUCCUCGGAGCUGCUGCCGUGGGGACAUCUCACUCCAUUUCUGAUGAGGCUCCUUCGCUGGGGCAAACAUCUUUGUCUCAUUAUAGCUGCAGAAUUCUGCCAUGUGCUGCGGCGGCGGGGGCUGCCAGGAUGGAUACCCAGGAUAGCUGGAUGUGCCAGCUGCCGUGCCAGCCGUGUGCCCAGGGAAUGACCGCACUGGGAUGCUGCCCACGGUGUUUUAUCUUUCAGUACUGAAAGGGAAAGCACGACUGCUGUACCCCACUCAGUCCCAUUACUGUGACAACAUCCCGUGCCGUGCCGUGCCGUUCCAGCUUUCCCCGUGCGGUCAUGGAGCUCCAGGUGCAGGCACAGCGCAGGUGCCCCUUGGGCCGCCUGGCACUGCAGCCUUGCAAAGGUCAGAUUGAAUGCAUUAAAUGCACAUGCCGCGGGGCGAAGCUGCUGAAAAAGAAAAGCAGCGCCCGGCCGGGCCAGGAGAAGGUGCUGUGGGUUGUUAGGGACCCCGGGAUGGAGCUGUGCCCUCCGUGCCACGGCGGGGACAGCCCGCGGGGCUGCCUCGGGCACAGCACGGGGAGCUCCGUGCCGCUGUCCCUGGCACGGGAGGCUGCGGGUGGCACCGCGGCCAUCCCCAAACCCGAUUCUCUUUGUGCCAACCCUCCCAGCUCCACGUGUUUAAUAUUUCUGCACUCUUCCCUGCCAUCAUCCGCUCGGGAUUUUUCUCCUCCCACUUCACACCUCGGCGGAGCCUUCUGGUCCCGCAGCAGAUGCAUUGGGAGGCUUCUCCUUCUCCGGCACCCGCAUAUGCUCCAUUAAAAGUGUUUGUUUCCAUCAGCGGCUCCCGGUUCGGCUGUGACAAAAAAAAAACCCUCCCAACUUUUUUUGGGCUGGGCCGAGGAGCUGCAGGGUCCCCGUGUCACCCGCCCGCUCGGUGGCAGCGAUUUCCCGGUGCUCGGCGGUGCCUCCGACACCCAAAGAUAGCGGCAGGAACAGGGUGGGAGGUGCCAGCUGCGAGCUCCCGUUGCCUGGCGAUGGCAGCGCGGGCAGGCUGGCAUCUCCCGCAGGAAUGCCAGCUCCGCCUGGCACCGCCGCGGGGUGCUCCGAGGGCACCGGGAAACGGAGCCUUUUCUGCCGAGGGCACCGGGAAACGGAGCCUGUUCUGCCGAGGGCACCGGGAAACGGAGCCUGUUCUGCCGAGGGCACCGGGAAACGGAGCCUUUGCUGCCGAGGGCACCGGGAAACGGAGCCUUUUCUCCCGAGGGCACAGCGGGCUCCAUGCGAGGAGGGCAAACACCGUUCCUGCCCUCGGAGCGGCUCGGGAAGGGUAAAAACCUUCCGGUCGCUAUUGUCCCCUGUUGUCACUGCCACGGAAAUAUAAUAAAAUGACACACACCUCUAACUCCCUUCCCUUCGCUUUCCCUGAUGCUGAUAUGAAUAAAAAUUAAAUUAAAAUAAAAUAAAA